GUAAAUAAUCUUUUAUUUAAUAUAAAGUCCUGAAUCCUUGUUCAAUGCAUAUAUAAUGCAUACAAAACAUGGUGUCAGGUGAAAACUGAGUAUAACAAGAAGAAAAAACCUAAGUGGUAAAUAGAAGUCUUUGUGAAGAAAAUAAAACCUUUGUGGAUCAGACAAAAUGGAGGAAACGCCCGUAAUGACCCUGGGGUUGCAGCCUCCUAAAGGAUACAAAAUUGAAGAUGCGGAGGCUUGGAAAAAAUACAAGCAGAUGUUCAAUUUAUAUAUACAGGCCACGGAUUUGGAACAGGGGACUGAUGAAAAAAAGGUAGCCAUUUUCUUAACCUGCGCGGGAGAAGAUAUUUUAGAGAUUUACAAUGGUAUGAGUGACACUGCUACGUUAAAAUGGGUUGAGUUGCUUAAAAAGUUUGAUGACCAUUUUAAAAACAAAACUAACACCGUCGUGAACAGCUACAGAUUUUAUAAUUUACGACAAGAGCCAGAUGAACCGGUUGAACGAUUUGUUUUAAGAUUGAAGAAUGCAGCCAAGACAUGUAACUUUAAAGAAGAAGAUAGAAUGGUAAGAGAUAUGUUAGUGAUAGGUGUGAGUGAGACGGGCAUUAAGGAGAGAUUGUUACGAGAGAAGGAACUGAGUUUGGAUACGGCACUAGAAUUAUGCAAGGCUGCUGAAUACAGCAAGAAAAAUGUAAAAGAGCUGGAAGAAAAAGUACAGUCAGUAAAUAUGGUAAGAGAAAGUUCUCGUUAUAACAAAGAUGUAAAGAAACCGAUUCAUUACAAUUGCAGUUAUUGUGGUAAGAAACAUGAGCCAAGAAAAUGUCCUGCGUAUGGGAGAAGAUGUACUGUGUGCAACAUUUAUAACCACUACGCAGAAAUGUGUAGAUUUAAGAAGAAAGAAGAGAAACCGCAGCAAAAACAAAGAUCCACAAAAAACAAAGUUGAUGGCAUCAGGGAAUCUACAAAUGACAGCGACUGCAGUUCGGAAGACUUUGUAGUAGACUCUGUAAAAGUGUCUUCACAGUACUAGACAUGAAGGAUGGGUUUUUUCAAGUGAGUUUGGAAGAUGAACAAAAACUCUGCACCUUCGGUACUCCCUUCGGAAGGUAUUUUUUCAAGAGAAUGCCAUUUGGCAUUUCUUCGGCUC